CGACAACAACAGUGCCACAGUUCCACGUCAGCAGUGCCACGACAACAACAGUGCCACGUCAGCAGUGCCACAGUGCCACAUCAGCAGUGCCCCGCCACCAUGACGGGCUCAGUUCUGGGCAUGCCAGGCCAACUGGCAAAUGAGUCCAUUGCCGAGUACCGACAGCGUUUCGAAACUCAGCUCGCACUAAUCGCGGCUGAGGAACAGCGCCAGCUGGCAGCCGAGGCUCUCUGCCUACAGGCUGAAGCGGCGGCAACAGCUGACAAGCAGCGGCUUCAGGCCGAAGCAGACACAGAUACCAAGGCACGCCGCAAGGAAGCCCAGGAUCUGUUGCAGCGGCAUGAGACCACCAGCAUUGAAAGGCUCAAGUUUUGGCAUUUUGAACCAUCCGAGGAGCACGACGACGCGACACCGGAGGAACAGCACAAGGAAUUCAUGGCCAAGCUCAUGACCAGGUUGGACUUGAAGCAAUCUGCACCAAGACCCAAUGCUGGCGAGACCAGCAACGCACCCUCUAGCCGCCAGUUGGAGGAACGAGUUGACCACGUAGUCGCAAUGCUCGGCGACAUCAGUACCUUCACUGCACCAGCCACCAUCAGCAGCCAGCAGGACACCUUGAAGACCGAGGUUCAGCAACUGCAGCUGCCUAACAAGAAUGGCAACACCACGCAGCACUACAAGAUGCCGACAUUCCAAAUCGAGAAGUUCGAUGAUUAUACGCAUCAAGACCCGGUCCUCUGGUGGGAGGGCUUUACAACGCAACUUCGGAUUCUGUUCGUCGCCAAGCACACGUACAUCGGCGCCCUGUUCCUCAACUCAAAGGGCGGAUGCCAGAUCUGGUUGAGCCACCUGGCAACCGUCCACGGCGUCGACGUCGCAGAUCUGAAAGACAAGAUCUCUUGGGAAGAGUUAACACGGCUAUGGAAGAAGCGGUUCAUCGUGGACGACGCCCCAGCGCUCGCCAUCAACCGCCUCUUCGCUAUGACGCAAGGCGACACAUCGACACGGGACUGGCUCACGAAAUGGCAAAAGAUCGCGGCAAUGCCCGACCUUGACUUGCCAUUUUCGCAUCUGCGCCGCGAGUUCUACAACCGGUCAUGUGCCGCCUUGAGCCUUGCACUUGGUGAUCGUGAGCAAUACGUGACCUUCGCCGAAAUCAUCGACAAGGCGAGGGAGAUCAUCAAGACCAACAGGGCAGCUGCACAUGAGAAAUCAGCAUGGCAGCCAACCUAUGUGGAGAAGGUGAAAACUGGUCCGCGGCUGCAACAUGUCGCUGCAGUCCAAUCGGACAACAUUGUGGAAGACCCGGCAGCCACCCAAGCGUCACGUGAGGGAGAUCAGGUGGCUGCUGUCCAGCCGCAAAGCAACAACGAGUCCCGAGGAACCGGAAAGGCGAAAACCGCAUCGCCGACCGGAAACAGACAACCAGCACCAUGGGUCAAGUUUCACUUGACCGAGGCGGAAUACAAGUGGCGCGGCCACUACGGCUGCUGCUAUUGGUGCAAUAGCACCAAGCACAAGACCUCCCAAUGCCCGGAUCAAGGCAAGGAGGAUGUUCGGCCUCGUAUCAACUCGGGAAACUGAGUCCCGCGGGAGGUGAGGCGACUCCCCCUCUCACUCCGCCAGAUUCGACG